CUUUAAAUAUAUUUUCCCAUGCACGAAUGGAUGUUUAUGUAUCUUACACAUUGCAAUGACACUGUAAAUUGAGCAUCUUUCACUAAAAAAAAUCUUUUCAAAAAAGAAAGAGAACGACAGUCCCUAAACACUGUCAGGUGUCCAUAGCCAGAGACCAAAGCAAUUUCUUGUAAUACUGAAAUAAUUUGUUUUAAAUUAAUUUUGUUGCAUCUUCUUUACCACAGUUAGAAAAUUAAAGGGAGUUUACUUUUCUUACACAGGAAGGUUUUGUUUAAGAGUUAUGAAUCUGAAUAUCACAUUUUACUGCAGUAACGUUACUUGAUGCCGGAUCACCCAGCUCCUGCCAGCAAUUUUCAGGGUGACAGCAAAUAAACAGAGUCGGUACACAGUUGAUGGACAGCCGAACUUUUGAUUACGUUUUAGGUAUCCGCCAUUUUGAUUUUCAAAUCUGACAGAUUUUUUGUUGCCUGCCUGCUGAAUUAUAAUUUGCACAGUGUCAACACAGCCGCUCGGCAGGCCAACCACCGCGUAACGGCACUGUAAAUGACAUCGCAACCGGGAAAGGGUAGUAUCAUCAAGCUAACAACGCAGUCGUGAAUAGCCAGCUAUGGCCUCCGGGUGACCUGACAGCCAAAGUCGUCGAGUUGCCGUUCAGCUUGCAGAUGACUACUGAUAAAAUGAUGGAUAAAAGGGGGAUGUAAGGUGAAGAUCCCUCUCUAAAAGCCAUUGGUCAGUGACUGCUCCUGCCUGCAUCAUAUAGUGUUCAGCUGUCAUCAUCGCCACACUUCAGUCUCAAGUUUGCACUUUGUUGUAACACAGAUGUCAGCUAAUGCAAGUCGAAGCCAAUCUCUCCUGUGUUUGUGUGUCUGUUGUUAGUAUGAGUGAAGUGGGUGUGUUUGUGUCUUCAUUGAAUUUGCUGAUGCUAAUUGAUGUCCAGGCCAUGCAAUGUCAAUAAAGCAAAUGACUGUUUAGCAAGAUCUGACUGAGGAUACUACUCCUUGUUCAAACUGUACGUGCCGGUGACAUCAGCCAUGUUUUGGAAGUUUGACUUACACACAUCUUCUCAUCUGGAGGCUUUACUGGAUAAGGAGGAUGUCACGCUCACUGAGCUCAUGGACGAGGAAGAUGUGCUGCAGGAGUGCAAGGCCCAGAACAGGAGACUUCUCCUGUUCUUGUGCCAUGACCAGUGCAUGCAGGAGCUGGUCCGCAUGAUUACUACAGAGCCCCCUGCUGGUGUAGAGGAGACCAAGCGCUUCAAGUAUUCAAAUAUAGCAUGUGAGCUGUUGACAUGUGAUGUGGGAGUGAUCAAUGAUAAGCUAGGUAAUGAGGAGCCUCUGCUGGAAACUCUGUAUGCCUUCCUGGAGCAGCCGUCCCCACUUAACCCCCUCCUGGCAUCUUUCUUUAGCAAGACAAUUGGGAACCUCAUCACACGGAAGACUGAGCAGGUGCUUAGUUUCCUGCGACGGAAGGAGGGAUUCCUUUCCUUGGUCCUGAAGCAUAUUGAUACAUCAGCCAUGAUGGAUGUGCUCCUAAGACUUAUCAGCUGUGUGGAGCCACCCCCUCUUCGGCUCGAGACACUUACUUGGCUGAAUGAAGAGAAGUUGGCCCAGAGACUCAUAGAGCUCAUUCACCCUGAGAGAGAUGAAGAGAGGCAGUCCAAUGCAUCUCAGACUUUGUGCGACAUCAUUCGUCUGAGCAGAGACCAGGCCAAUCAGCUCCAAGAGAUUUCACAGCCUGACCCUUUGCUGACUGUGCUGGAGUCGCAGGAGUGUGUGGAGCAGUUGUUACAGAAUAUGUUCUCAGGAGAGAGUACUGAGAGCUGUAUCAUCAAUGGGAUACAAGUUCUUCUCACAUUACUGGAAAUCAGGAGGCCUGUGGUGGAUGGUGUAAUGGAUGCUCAGGGAUUUGAGAGAAGUUACACUGUUAACAGCAGCAUUUUGUUGGCCAUCCAACCACACCUGAUACACUUCCACCAGCUACUUCUGGAGCCACCCAAGCGAAAUCCCAUGCUGACUAGUCUGGGUGUGCUGGAGGAACCAUUAGGGAACACACGUCUGCAUGUAGCCAGACUAGUGGCCUCUCUGCUGUAUACCAGUUCUGCUAGCCACACGGUCGUAGCACAGGAACUCUGCCGACUCAAUACAAUGGACCUGCUUCUGGACUUGUUCUUCAAGUAUACAUGGAACAACUUCCUGCACCUCCAAGUGGAGCUUUGUGUUGCUGCCAUCCUCCGGCCCUGUGCCCAUGAAAUGAGACUUCAGCCUGGCUUGGGAUUCCAGGAAAAAUCAAACCCUCAUCAAGAUUCUUCACAAGAGCAAGCUUUGACUGAAACCCCUUCUGAACCUCCAGUCACCCCUGAAAACUCUGCACAUAAUCUAAUGGUGACUCAUUUGUUUCAGCACUGCCACCUUGUCCAGAGGAUUCUAGAGGCUUGGGAAGAGAAUGAUAAAAUACAGUCAGAAGGUGGCAUGAGAAGAGGGUACAUGGGACAUCUGACCAGGAUUGCCAACACAGUAGUCCACAACCUGGAGAAGGGCCCGGUUCAUACACAGAUUAGUAGCCUCAUCACAGAUCUCCCUGAGGACUACAGAGGGCGCUGGGAAACAUUUGUGGACCAGACCCUGUCAGAGACCAAUAGGAAGAACACCAUAGACCUGGUUGGCAGUGGAAACCCGUGCCCUUCCUCAGAAGAUGAUAUGGAGAGCCCCUUCCCUAAAGAACUGACUCUACAGCAGGCCUUUUCAGACUACCAGAUCCAGCAGAUGACAGCUAACUUUGUGGAUCAGUUUGGCUUCAAUGAUGAAGAGUUUACUGAUCAUGACGACAGCAUUGGGGCAACGUUUGACCGAAUUGCAGAGAUCAAUAUCAACAUUGAUGCAGGCCAGGACAGUGCUAAUACAGCUGUGUUUGAGGCCUGCUCCAAGGAGAGGAUUCAGUCCUUCGAUGAUGAUGAAGAGGACAUUUGGGAGGAGAAAGAAAUCAACUUUUCAACACAAACUAAGUCCCGUAACAGGUUUGGUGGGUCGCGAUCAUCCAAGAGCCAAGUAGCCAGUAAAGCUUGUGAUAGGACAGCAGCUUCUGGCGCUGAGGCCUCUGACAGAGCAGCAGAGUCAGAUUCUGAGGAGGGAGAGGAUCUUAAAGAUGCCCUGGAUCCUUUCUCAAGCCAGGGCCAAACCGAGGCAACAAAGAGCACUGGCUGGAUAGCAGACUUUGGGGAGGUGAACUCAAAGGCUCCUGCAGCAGGAGCGGGCUUUUCAGCCUGGGACAUUCCAGACUCCCAACCAGCUGCCGCAGAGGAGAAAGGAUGGGCCAAGUUCACCGACUUCCAGCCUUUCUGUUGCUCUGAAACAGGCCCCAGAUGCAGCUCUCCGGUGGACUCAGAGCUCAGCGGAUCAGACAACACCAAACCAAACCAGAACCCGUGUGUGUGGAGUGUGUGUGUGGCGAGAAAAGCUCCACUGGUGGCAUCAGACAGCUCUUCCUCCAGCAGCUCAGACAGCGAUGAGGAAGAAGGCAAGACAGAGUCUGCAACCAGUGAGACGGUCACCACAGAGACCAUCACCACAGGGGCUGGCAAGGAGACCAUUCGGCUCACCGUGGACACCAAAAACGAGAGGGCAGUCUUCAGCAGAGUAUUCAGACCAGCAGUCAGACGUGAAGCAGAUAAGGUGCCAGUGGAGGGACUCUCCAUCAAAGACAAAGGGAAAGGCAAGGAGAAAGAAAGCAAGAAGGGAAAGAAACAUGGAGACUGUCCCAGCCCAGCUACCGCCAGCCCAGCUACCCAGUCCGCUUCUGUCACACAAGAGACAGAUCCCUCUGCUAAUGGACCAGCUUAACGACGCAACACAAGCAGACACACGCUUCAUGCCUGUCCAUUCAACACCCAGUCAUGCCACCUUUGCUUCCUGCUAGCAGCCCUCCAAUGCCCUUUUUUGUGUCUGAAGAAUGGGAGAUCCUCAGUGUUGAGGUCAAACAGCCCUUUACAGUAUGUAUGCUGGAUAACACAAAUCUGCACAUGGGUACUAUUGAUCUCUCCUGCACCUUCAUGAUAUAAUUACAACUGAAACGCUUCCAAGAGGAAUGUGUGUUUUAAAGAACAUUUUGUUGUGCCAGACCCCCAAAGCCAAAUUGUGUUACAUAUGAACUAUUUCAAAAUGUGAUUUUCCCAUUGAACUUGGGAAAGUGAAAACACUCUUAUCUGUACUUGUUACCAGCUGUGGCACUUUAAUCCUAAGAAAACAAAUAAAUAAGUCUGAAAUUUGACCUUUAAUAAAUUCAGCAUCAGAAUUUCAGAUUGCUUGAGCAUGUCUGUUCUCUGGGCAUUAAAUCACAGCCCAGAUCAUUUUUCUAUCAGAGCAUUUGACUGUUUACACUUUAGUAAAGAAAACUGUAUUCAAAUAAUCAGCCAAGAUUACAAAAGCCAAGAUGCUUGCAAAGCUAGCUGCUAUUUUGUUCUUCAGCAUUUCAAAGUACAUGCCAGGCAGACAUUUUAUUAGUGCAAAUGUGUGAGUGAUAAUAAUUUGGCUUUUUUCAUACAUCCUACCUAAGUCAUUUCUCAGUCCAAGUAAGAUUUCUUUGCUUUUUUUGUUUAUGUGGAACAUAAAUACUCUCUUUUUGUUAAUUUGGAGCAUCAGAUUUUGGAGCAUCAUGUGUCACUUCCUCCUCAAACCUCUGACAGAUUCAUGUAGAUUAGAGGUGUAUGUGCUGUUGUAUCCGUGUGUGUGUGUGUGUGUGUGUGUGUGUGUGUGUGUGUAUGUUUGAGCUCUGUCUGAGGUACAGAGUGCAUUCUCAGGUCAAAGGAGGUCAAAGAGGUAUGCAGAUACAAAGAAAGCACACCUGUGUAACACACACACACACACACACACACAUAGUGCCCCAUGUAUACACAACCAAAUCUAUACACACAUGCAAAAAACAAAAACAAAAAAAAACCACAAGACACAAUGACGUGCACAUACAAAUUCAUAUCACCCUCAGAGCUGUUUAAAUGUAAUAUUGUGAAAUUUGAACCUGUAUUAGGUUGUGGCUAUUCUUGGUAUCAUGUAAACGUAAUAUAAAUGUAAACAAUAUAUAUAAACAUUAUAUCUAUUUUUGGAAUAAAUCCAAUGUAUGGAAAGGCAGUUGUUUUGCAGGUUGCAAUGUGUGUAUUGUAUGUGUAUGUUGUACCGUUGAAAUGAGGCAAUAAUGAUGUCUGUGUUUCGGUUACCCCAGCAUCAGUUCCUGUUCCUCUGCUACAUGCUUCCUACAUGGAGGUUGGGGAGUGUGCAUGUGCGUGAAUGUCGGUAGUCUGUAGUAUGUCCUCCGUAUUAUUUACUUAAAGGAUAAUUCUGGUUUAUUAGAACUUGGGUCUUAUUUUCAUUCAUCAGUUUUAAACAAAAUACCAGGUUAACCAAUUUUAUUAGGAAGAGAAACCAAAGGUGAACAUUAAAAUAAUAACAGAACUGUCCUUCACAAUGGACUGCUACAACCUUUACCUUUUAGUAUAUAAUUUGUUCGCACAUACUUGUCCUAUGUAAUGAGGAAUUAUUGUCAACUAGAGCUGAAAUUUGUUGAUUAAUCCAAUAGUUGAUCGACAGACAAAUAUUAGGCAACUAUUUCGAUAAUCAGUUAGUCGAUAGUCAUUUUUCAGGCAAAAAUACCAAACAUUACAUACAGUACAUAACAUUUCAGCUUCUCCAUAAAGAUGAUUUGCAGCUUUUAUUUGUCUAAUGUUAUAAUAAACUGAAUAUCUUUGGGUUUUGGACCAUUGGUCAGACAAAACAAGCAAUUUGAUGGCAUGACUUUGGGUUUGUCUCCAAAUAAAGUUGUUUCGAUAAUCUGACUAAACUGCUGGUUGUUUAAAACCUGUUUGAUUGGACUUCAUGGACUUCAUGUUAUUAACAUUUAACUUGUACAAUCUAAUCCUAAACGAUAGAAAUCAUGGCGCACAAGACCAAAGUGGUAAUAAACCAGUAUUAUCAUUAGUGUUUGCCAGACAGUCAUGCUUUAUUUUAUCUUUCUCCUCGUCUCUCUCUUUCUCAGGGCAGGAGUUGACUUUAAUUGCAUAUAUGCCUAUGGAACAAUUUACAUAGAUUAUUGUAUUUAUUUUGAAAGCACUUUUUCAAGAGGCACUUUUGGUUUAUAUUUGGUGGUGUCAAGUGCCACCACAUUAUUCCCCUCUCAAAGAGGUUGGAAUGUUUGACUUGAAUGAGUGAAUCAUGUAAAUACUUUAGUAGAUACUUUUUUCUUCAAUGCUUUCUGCCAAAGUGUGUCUUCCCACCAGUGUACAACUGGGUUUCAUAUCUGUGAAGUAGCCUCCUUUCUUGCAAUGGUCUUACAGGUCUAGAUUUAUCUAAAGCAGUCUUUGUUUGAUCCCUCCGUCAUGUAUUUUUUUUAGUCAUGCGAUGGAGUUAUCCACAGUAGGAGAGGAUGCCACACGUCAAAGAAAGAGUUUCAUUCAUCUUAGAUCACAGAUAUUUAGCUUUUAUCUGUUGAGCACUUUGAGCUGUUUGAAGUGGUUUGAAGCAUUGGUUUAAGUCAGGGUUAGAGGAGAAAAACAGGGCUGUUUUUUGUCAGGGUGUGUAUGGGGUCAGAAUAUGUCAUCCCGCCUUUCACCAAACCUAAGCACUGCGUCUGACCCUUACCUUUUGGUGUGUGUGUGUGUGUGUGUGUGUCUCCCCUUAACUUUGCGAGUGUGGUGCGUGUGCAGUGUAGCUACGGGUAUGGUGUGAUGUUAUGCAUAAUGGCAUGAGGUACAAUACAGUCAUCUUUAAGUGCCAUUAAGUUUGCACAUUAGCCUCAUUCACCUCAUUGGGUAUGUGCUGUAUUGUACAGUGUAUCCCCAAAACUUUAAUUGAGAGACGAUGGGUGUUAAAUUGUUACUUCAUCCCAUUGUCUGUUACUUACACUGAGGCCAUUUCAAAGUUCAAAGGUCCAGUAUGUAGGAUUUAGUGGCAUUAAGCGGUGAAAUUGCAGUUUGCAACCAUCUGAAUACCGCACGUCUCACCCUCCCGUUCCAAGCAUGUAGGAGAAACUAUGGUGGCAACGAAAAACGCGAAAGGCCCUAUCUAGAGCCAGUGUUUGGUUUGUCCGUUCUGAGCUACUGUAGAAACAUGGUGGUGCAACAUGGCAGCCUCCGUGGAAGGGGACCCGCUCCCUCUGUAGAUAAAAACGGCUUAUUCUAAGUUAAUGAAAACACAACAAUUCUUAUUUUCAGGUGAUUAUACACUGAUGAAAACAUACUUAUUAUAUCCCAGUAAUGCCAAUAACGCCUCCUAAAUGUUACCCACUGGACCUUUAAAUCUUUCUGUGUAUGUGUAUGUGGGGGAAGUGGUGUGAAAGACAGCCAUGUUGUAGAAUGCCUUUUUUUUUUUUUUUUUUUUUUUUUUUAGUGGACUGAUGCUGGUAUUUUUUUUGGGGGGGUUGUUUUUUCAUUUAGAGAGUAAUGUGUUACCUGUCGUCAAUUUAGCUUGUACAUUCAGAUAUGAAUCUAAUAAAUAUGUCAGACCUA